ACCAAACAAGAGAUACAUGCCCCACAGCGUUGGGCGGUGGCCCGCUGAUGUUGUUGGCGAUGCUAUUUUGGUCAUCUAAUCUCAGGCUGCGGAACCCACAAUGUCAUACUAUGUUCAGGUACAACGCAGAAUGAGUAAACAAGAUACCGACAAGAGUCACAAGAUAUUGUUCCAGUCCUUGCUGCACUUCACGCUCAAGAUGCAAACCGUAAAUCCAGUGGUCGCCACCAUACUUCACCUCCUCCGCACCGCGGCAACGCUUUGCAUGGGGAUUGUUUUCCUGUACCUCGCUCGUCGCGAGCCCGAAAUCAAGUUCUACGCAUUCUAUGCUGGAACAUACGCAAUCGUAAUGGGUGCUUUGGGGCUGAUUACCUCAAGAAGGGUUUAUCGCAAGGCUCUUGCGAAGAAGAAUGAGGCAACGAAAUCCCAGUCUAGCGCGGAUACUGCGCCUGAAACCACUGGAACGGAGGGCGUUUGGGAAGAUGAGAAGCUUCAAGAAGUCCCCAAGACCGCAGACUUGUUGGUCUGAUCAAUGCCUUUCAAGCACCAAGCACUGGCAAGCAGCCCCGAAGUUUUCUUACAUUGCACAAUUAAUCGUCCUGCAAUGUAUUGGGUGCGGCUGGACAUCAAACGAGUCACGUUAAACGGCACUUUCGUGCUAUGGCUUGGGAGUGAGUUCGAGUUUAGAGUAUCAGUCUCCCAUGCUGUCACCGCAACAACAGGUGACCGUGCCGAAGUCGACGGGCGAGUAUUCCUUGUGGUCUAUCCCCGC